AUGGCAUCUAUGCCUCAGAGGCCCGUGAGACCGCCUCCUCCAUGUCCCUCCUGGGUCUAUUCCAACAACUCUGACACCCAUGUAGCCAAAGAUCGCUGUUGGUUCGGUCAAGACUACAUCCCCUUCAAGUCCCAUGUCACGGAUAUCGCUGGAGGCUCGGUUGAAGUCAUUGGUAUGGGAACUGUCAACCUCACCACCAUGGUUUCGCCCGCCCAGACCCAUCCGAAUCCGCACGGCUCCCUCCGCUUGAAGAACGUGCUGCAUGCCCCUGCAAUGCUCUGUAACAUCAUCGGAAGUCCCGUGAGUGACGAUUACACUGUCAUAUACGGACCUAAUUCCUCAGACAUGUCUGGUUUUAUUGUGAGGAACGCCAAUGGUUGUAUCGUGGCCUACUUCAAGCCCAAGGGUGAAGGCCCCGGGUUGUACCAAGUCCAGCUUGGCCAGCCUCCACUCGGCCAUGAGUUUGGGAUUUCGCCUUUGUGCCCCAACGGGCUCUAUAUGAUUCACGCCUUCUGGUCCCAGCGUGAGCGGCACAGAUUUGAAAUCUUGAAAGCUUCCGGUCUGACUCGAGCCUCCGGCGUAGAGCCGCUGACACUGGCCGAAAGGAAUUGGUUCGGGAAGCAACGCAUGUCUGAACAGGCAGUUACGCUUGCUUAUGGUUUGAACCCCGACAGGAGGGAGCAUCGAGAAGAAGGCCGUGCCAUCAUGCGAAUUCUCAAGUCCCAGACUGAAAAUGAGCCGAAGAUCUGA